UUUCCCUUAACGAGAGAUCGUAAAAUUUCUCAAGGGUCCUCUUUUGAAUUUUUUUUUGUAUAUUUAUUUAUAUAAAUCUCAGUUUGUUUUUCUUAUCGGUGGUGUUUGGGAUUAAUUAAUAUGGGAACUGAAGUUUUACGGCCUCAGGAUUGUUUGAUUGAACGUUUCCGCGUACCGCCGACGGCAUGUCCUCGCCGGAGAUACGGAAACGGUAGCUUUAAUCCUAGUUAUUAUUAUGCCCAUAACAAUAACAAUGGAAACGCUAGAUUCAACAGGAAACCCGCUCAGAAGAAGCGGGUCGGGUCGGAGCAGCAGGUUUCGAAGAAAUACGGCUCUACCGAUGACUUGAAGACGGUGAGGAACAAUGUUACGAUGGAGAAGGUUACGAUUUUGAGACGAGGUGAGUCGUUGGAUACGAAGAUCAAGAGCAUCGACGGUGCCGGUGGUAGAAGGGAAGACGGUUUGAUUGUCACCGGCACCGAUCGGUUGGGUCCGGAUCCGGAGAUGGUCCCGAAACAGAUCAAUAUUGUUGAUAUCAAGUCUUCUGUGACGGGAAAAUCCGACGUGUAUGCCGGAUCUGCUUUCUUCGUCUCUCCAGCGCCGAGUUCUCUUCCUUUGCCUUCUUUCUCGAAGAAGAAAGAGGAUCCGGUCGAUAAUUCAGCUACCAAGGGUCUCCGGCGGUUGCUCCGGCUGGAUCUCUGAGAUCCGAUCCUUACCCUAGUUAGAUUUGGAUCCGAAUAAGCCUUCGUCUCUCUCUUAUUUAUACGUUAACCGUUCGUCUCUAUUUAGU